ACGUGACCCCUGCGCGCUCCCGCGGGGGAGCGAAAUCUUGGAGGUGGUGCCGCAACGGGCGGAGGCACGAACGGAACGUAGUGCGCAGCGGCUCUCGCCCAGAAACCAGCGCCGAGGACACGAUGUCGGGGGUCUCCCGCCUGCUCCUUUGGGCCGCCACCUGCCUGGCUGCGCUCUGCCUGCAGAAUGCGCUCUCUGUAAACCCCAACGUCACCGCGACCCCAACCGGGACAGCAAACACGACUUUGGUGCCCACUAAGAUUGUCUUGACGACUGUGACGUCUACCCCGUCGCCAACCAUCCCAACACCAGAAACCUGUGAAAACCACAAAAGCUGUUUUUCCUGUUCUAAUUCAAGUAUUGCUAAUACUACUUGCUAUUGGAUAGAAUGUAAAGAAGCAAGUAAGAGCUACUGUUCUGAUAAUUCAACAGUAAGCGUUAGUAAUUGUAGCAUGGUGAACAACAUUUCCUCGUGUUCUGUGCCGCCUCCUCCUCCAGUACCAACCAAUACAACAGCUAAAACCACAACUCCGCCUUCCCCUUCUUCUACCACAGUUACCACAACAGGUGCAGCAAAUACCACUUUGACUCCAACCUUAGAACCUGUACGGAAGUCUACCUUUGAUGCAGCCAGUUUCAUUGGAGGAAUUGUCCUUGUCUUGGGUGUACAGGCUGUAAUUUUCUUUCUUUAUAAAUUCUGCAAAUCUAAAGAACGAAAUUACCAUACUCUGUAAAUGGACCUAUUAAAUUAAUGAUGACUGGCAAUUCAUUUGUGUAACUCACUGAAGCCAAAAUAGUCUUUCAAGAAGUCCCACGUGGAAGACGCUAUUCCAGGAUCUUUAAAUUUACAAAGGAUGCAUAGGAUAUUUUGGAGCAUUGUUCCUGAAGAAAAAUCAGUUAAACCGUUUUGCUAAAAGGAUUAUUUAAAUAUUCUGCAUGAAUCCUUGGAGCUGUCUUCUUUUAUUUUAAAUGGCUGCUGCUGUGGGAAUAUGUUUCUUUUCUUGACAUGCCAAAUAUAACUUUCUGUAAGUAAUGGAAAAUGUUAUCCUGUGCAGACAAAACCUCUUGACUCUUAGCAGAUUAAAUUUAGUCAUCUUAAAGUCUGAAAGCUGCAUUAUUUUCAUCCUAACUCUCCAAGAUGUUACUCGGUGGCCAGAAUUGAGAAGUGUGCCAAACAAGCAUCAGUUGGGUGGAUUUUUGGCUAGCAUUUCAAAAGUGGAAUUAAUCUAUUAGUACUAAACUGUAUCCUUAUAAAAUUUUUUGCUCAAUAAGUUGUUUUUUUCUACAUUAGAAAUAAGUUGCUACAUAGGGAAUUACAUUCCAGACUUAAAUGAAUGGAAAGGAUACAAAUCAUUAAUGUAUAAUGAGUUCUUGUUCAUACUUGUAAAGCACCUUAUGUCGUUGAGAAUAUAAAGAACAGUGCCUUAAAAGACAGACUGAAAGGUAGGCUGUAACUUAAAAUGUUUGUGAUUUGUUCUUUUACGUUAAGGAAGGUAAAGGUUCAGAGGAUAUACUGUUGAAGUAAGCAAUAGUAAACCUGCUUCUAGAUAUACUGUUAAUAUUUAAUUAAAAACAAUUUUGUUUCAUAGCUGAGAAAGUUAAGCUGAAGAAUAUUAUACAAAGGUGAAAGCCUUCAUAUUUUGAACCUUCCAACAUUUUUCUUAGGGCUAUUGAAAAAAGAGAGAAAGCUGAUUAGGUAACUUUUUUUUUGUACUUAAAAAAGAUAUCCUAAUACUAUUAUACUUUGAAAAGAUUUCUCCCAAGCUUUCCUGGAAAAUAACUUUUAUGAGGGUCUAACAAAAUAAGUUUUAGAAUCAUUUAUUAGAUCUUUAAAUGAGACAUCAUCUUCAGUUUCCAGAGCAAAUGUGACCAGUGUAAUUUCACAAAACCUAUGGGUUUAAAACCAGGCAUGGUGGGGCACGCCUGGCUUUGGGAGGAGAGGCAAGGAGGAUCUUGUGUUUGGGGCCAGCCUGAACUACAGAGUAAGGCCCUUUCUCAAAAAAAAAAAAAAAAAAAUCUCUGGGUUUUUGAUCAGGUUAGAUUUUUAAUGAUUACCCUGGAUAGAUUGUGCUUUGUCAUUUUUUUUUGACUUUCUCCUUGAUUUCAAUAUCUAUAGAACAAUAAGCAUUGUUUCUGUCAUUUAUCAAGCACUAAUUUUCUUAGUUUUAGGAGUUCCUUCUUUGCCUUUGAUACAUUGGAUUAGUUCAGAGGCCUUAAUUAGUUUAAAAUAGGCUUUUGUUUUCUAAGUCUUUUUUUUUUCUCUUUAGCCUAUAGUAGCUGAGUUUAGCACUUGGUUUUCAGCAUUUUAUAGUAGAAAAUGAUUGCUUUGGUUCAUUUCAUAAACUGAAACUCCUUAUAUUUAGGUGAUUAUAUUAAAGGUUCUCAAAAUGAAGAGUUAUUGUUUCUUUAUCAUUGCUGAUACAGUUAAACAGCUAAAGUUUGUUUUACUUGCACAUUUGUACAUACACCUAAUGUUUUCAAGUGCCUUAAUUGUUUAAAUCUCUGGCUUCAAAGAUUUUUGGAAAAGGCUAGGCUUACCUCACAAUUUUGUGUUUCCAUUAGUAAUAUUUUAGGUAUGUCACAAAAUUUAUUAUGGUGCCAUGGCUGGUAGUAUUUGGUGAGUGCUGUAAGAUUCAUUUGAAAAUACACAGAAUUUCCAUCCUCACAAGGUGGCAAAAAUGAGCUGCAGUGGUAUAAUUGUCACUUACCUGGAUAGGAAUUGGUUGCCACACGUUAUUGUCAACACAUGUAGGAAAUUUUGUGGAAAUAAAUGGAAGCUUCUGUAAUUUUGAGCACUUCUCUAACAACAAAACCAUAUGAAGUUAGAUUUUGCAAGUCUAAUGCGCUCUUGCAACAGAAUUCACACCCUCUUUUCUUUUUGUCCCUUCCUUUUAGCAAUGUAUCUUGAGCCAUUAAUGAUUUUUGGGUUUUAAUCCAGAAGGUAUAUUAGAAACCUUUUCAGAUUUUUCAUCUGAUUUGUUCAUGCUGAUAUUGUCAGAUACCUUAUUUUACCUUACAGAUUCUUAAUGCACAGGCAGAUACUGCUGUAUUUAGAAGUUUCUAUUUCAGUUCGUUAAAAACUUCAAAACCGAUCUGUAUCAUGUACCAAAAUGAUUUAAAAUAAAUCUACAUGUUUAUUGAA